UGUGUGUGCUUCCAGAUGGCUGAAGCGCGACAGGAGGUGGAGCUGGCACGGUGCCGCUCGGAGCAGCUUCAAGCGCAGGUGGAAGAGCUCAUGGAGGUGGUGUCCCUCCAAGAAUCCAAGAACUUUGGAGAUUCAUCGCUCCUGUCGGAAUUAGACAUAGCCGACUUUGGCAUCAGCAAAGAGGAGCUCACAGAAGAACUGGGUUGUAUUCUGCAACUACUACUGCCGCUGACCCAGGAACAGCAAAGCGCGGACUACUCUGACGACACGGCUCAGGAUGAGAGUCUGAACGUCGUCGUGCAUCAGCUGAAGACCGUGGCGCAAUCUCUGGUACAGGCCUCUGGCUCACAGGACUCCAGGCUGCAGCAGGAGAACGCUGAAAUCCAGCAGGCCAUCCGAGACCGAGAUGAAGCCAUCGCCAAGAAGAACCUGAUGGAAGCGGAGCUGGUGCGCAGUAAAAAUGACAUGAUGUCUCUGAACAAUCAACUAUUGGAGGCCAUCCAGCGUAAACUGGAGCUCUCGCAGGAACUGGAAGUCUGGCAGGACGACAUCCAGAUCGUCAUCAACCAGCAGCUGAGGAGCCAGCAGCAGUCGGAACAACCUCCGAAGAAGACGUCCCCGCACGGCACGUCCUUCUUCCGCAAGCCCAGCAAGGCGGUUUUACCCUGGGGCGUGGACGCCAACCAGGACAAGGCCCAGUCGCCUUGGAGGGACUGGUUGCGGCGAGGCAAAGGCGUAUCGCACAGCAAAUAAGAGCACACCUGCGACGAGGGUAAUGAAAUUUAAAAAAAAAAGUCGCCACAAAGACUCGUGUUGGACUGUGACAAACCUGGGACAGGAAUGUAAAUAUUGUCUAUUCUUUUGGAACUAUUGGGGACUCUGUAAAUAUUCGAGGCAUGUGAGGGUUUACUGACUUGAAUUAAAGAACAGCGAGGCGGGGAACAAGAAAAAAAGUCGCUUGUGCUGCAGUGUUGUUUGUUUUUUUGUACAUAACACUUUAGUUUUCUCCUAUUUUCUCUGUUAGGUGGAAA